ACACAAAUACAAACGUAGAAAUUACCAAAAUACCAAAACCAAAUUACUGUUUAGGUACCUUUGGUGUCAUGACGACGAAUAAUUCUCGAAGAGCAUAUAAUAUUAUAUUUUACAGAACCAUGGUUAAUGUCAGUAAUCUCUUUUCGACGCCUUAAAUGGUGCAGCAUCUUCAGCCGGUGUGACUAGGCAGUUUUCUUUGUUAUCGUCCCAGACUCCCGCGCUUUUGCCGCCCAAAACCCGUCAAGACGUUCCACAGGGGACAGGGCACAUUCUACAGUUGGCAGACGGCGUUUACGAAUUGUAUGGUGCUCAUUAAGAAGACGAUCAAUGCUGUAAAUAUUGGCCUUUUACUAAUCACUAUUUUUGUUUGGUCAUAUGUUGUUGCUGCUGCUCAGAAGAUUCAUGAACAAACAUCAUCUUGUAAUUAACGAAUUAUCACAUCUAAAAUAGGUAUAUUUAUUUAUCUUAAAGAGUCCUUUUGCUAAUAAUUUUGGUUGUGUGAACUAAACAUGGAACCAGAUGUUGCAGAAGAACCAAUUAUACACAUGUCAUUUUUUGAUAUAUUGUUUCAAACAAAAUCAAAAGAAAUUAAUGACAUGUUAAUCAGUAUUGAAUACAACCAAACUGAUAAUUUUCAUGAUAUUUUACAAAAAAUUAAUAUACUUCAAGAGAUUUUAAAUGAAUCCAAAACAUUUCUAACAGCUUCUAAUAUGAAAAAGUGUUCUGAUGAAAUCAAAGACAUUAAUAAGCGUUAUGAACAAUUGCAUGAAAAAUUACAGCCUAAGAAGAAAUUAGCUUUUGAUGAACAACCAACUACAUCAGCAGUAGUUGAAGAUGAAGACACAUUGGGACCAGUAAAUCAAUUAGAAGUUUUUAAAGAAGACUGUGGAAUUAAAAAUCGUUCUGAUGCAUGUAAUUUAUUGCUCGCGGAAGAAGAAUGCUAUAUGAAAAAUGUAGCUUUAGAUACAUUGACUAAUUGCAUUGUUGUCAUAUGUGGUACACCUAGUGCUGUGCGUGCGACAUCAGUGAAGGACUGUUAUGUAUUUGUAUGUGCAAAAACGUCGAUUUCUAUUUUGAACUGUAAGGGUUCAAUAUUUAUAUGUGCAUCUCAACAGUUGCGUAUUUAUGAUACAUUCGAUACUAGUUUUUAUAAUUACGUUAGUGAAAACACUAUAAUAGAAAACUCUAAACAGUUACGAUUUGCUCCUCUUUCGUUAAACAACUCUAAACUACUUACAAAAGUAUUUAGAAUUGCUAAUUUUGAUGAAUUCAAAAACAAUUGGAAAAUUGUAAAUGAUUUAGAUUGGUUGUCAUCUUGUGAACCAUCACCAAAUUGGUGUGAAAUACCAGAAGAAGAACGCCAACAACCUAAUGAUGAAACUAAAUUAUUGCUCUUCUAUCCUCGUUAUUUGGAUAAGAAAUACGAAUUUUUCGCAAGAAUGGCAGGGAUUCUGGAUUAGUAGUUGACACGUUUGAUUUACCAUAUUAAUAGUUAUUUUUUUUAAUCUACAAAUAUCUUUUUUAAUAGUUUUAAUUAAUUUUUUUUACUAUUUAAAAUAAAAUCUAAGAGAAAGAAAAUGCACUGCAUUGUAAUAUUAGUUUUUAAGAUAAAUAUAAAAAAAAAUUAAUAACAUAUUUCCAACUAAUUUAAAUUUUAUUUUAUUUACAAACAACUUUUUUUUUAAACUUAAUUUUUAUUUCUAAAUAAUUUUAAUUAUAUUUUUUACUACUUAAAAUAAAAACUAAGGUAUAAAAAAUGUACUGCAUUGUAAUUUUAGGUCUCAAAAUAUAUUACAUAAAUAAAAAUUUACAAUAUAUUUUGGCUGAAUUCAUAAUCACAUUGUAUUCAUUUUUAAUUUUGUAAAACUAAUUAAACAAAAUUACUACAUUUUAUUUUAUUUUUAAAUCUAUGGGUUAUUGUAAAAAAUCUAAUAACCUGUAAAAUUAAUUAUAUGUAAACAACGUAAUUGAAUCACUAUUAUAUCAGACACAAAUAUUGUUUAUCAUUGAAAUAUUGAUAUGCUGGUAUGACCUAUCAUGUGUAUUGAAUAAGUAUACAUUUGGAAUAUGGCAUGUCUGUUAGAAAAUAUGAAAAAUACAUUUACGUACAAAAAACAGCUAUAAGGACAUUGCGAAAUUUACAAUUCAUGGGAACUCUGGUCUUGGAGAAGAGGAAUGGGUACCUAAAGGAGUCGCCGCACGUCUUUUUCAUAUCAAUAAUAAUCAUAUAUUUUACAGUACUUACAUGCCUCACACAGUUGUAUUUUUAUCUACUAAUUUGUGAUUUAUUAAAAUAAAAAAUCAAUUCAACUUAAA